AUGAAACCGGACAAUAAAAAACAACCAUCACUACUAUUCACACCGAUCAAAGUGAACGGGGUAACACUCAAAAAUCGUAUAGGGGUGUCGCCAAUGGUCACGUGGCAGGCGGCGGCAAACGGUAUACCCAAUGAUUUUCACCUAGCACACUACGGUUCAUUUGCCCUGGGUGGAGCCGGACUGGUUAUGGUAGAGUGCACAGCAGUCGAGCCCCGGGGGCGCAUGGCAUCGGCCGACACCGGCAUCUGGAACGACGCGCAGGUGGACGCGUGGCGCCGAAUCACCAUGCUCAUUAAAUCGCAGGGCUCGGUGCCGGGCAUACAACUGGGCCACGCGGGCCGUAAGGCUAGUACUACUAAGAUUGUUAAACGAUCGUUGUCGGACCACGAAAGUGGUUGGCCUACCAUAGCACCCAGCGCUAUACCAUUUGGCGGUGCCAUCGAUAGGGUGCCCAUUGAGGCCACACUGGAGGACAUUGACGCUUUGCAACAGGCGUUUGUGUCGGCGGCCGUGCGCUCUGUUAGGGCAGGCUUUGAAAUAAUCGAGUUGCAUUACGGCCAUGGUACUUUGAGCAACACGUUUCUGUCACCCAUUUCUAACCAUCGCGUCGACCGAUACGGCGGUUCACUCGCGAAUCGGAUGCGCUUCGGCUUAGAGACAGUACGUCGGGUGCGGAAAGUGAUACCCAAAUCGAUGCCACUGUUUGUGCGGCUGUCGGUCACCGAUUACGCCGACAACGGCUGGUCAGUCGACGACAGCGUCGAGUUUGCCAAACAGUUGAGGGCCGCCGACGUCGAUGUGGUCGACUGCAGCUCCGGCGGUGUUGUCGACGGUAUUAAUUACACGCCUUAUAAUACACCGGACGUACAGCACAGGGCGUCGGCGAGGAUCCGGUCGGAGGCCGGUAUCGCCACCACAGCUGUCGGCAAAAUUGUUGACCCCUUGAAGGCCGAGGCGUUGCUUCGGGACAACAGCGCGACACUCGUAUUCAUUGGUCGGGCGCUACUAAACAACCCUCACUGGCCAUACACUGCGGCCGACCUCUUGGCCACCGAACACACCUUUAAAUAUCCCGAUUCCUAUGACUGGUGUAUCGGUUGGAAAGGGUUUUACAAAUGGCGGCAAUCAUUGCAGAAAGAUCAAAAUAAUAAUUAA